AUGCAGGAAGCAGCAGAAGAAACCCGAGUCGAAUUCGUUGCACGAUGGUUCGAUGAGCUCAAAAGUGAAGUUGAUCGUAAUCCUGUCUAGAGGGCCUUUGCGCUGCAUGGGAACACGCAGUGAGCUGAUCCCCUAACACCCCAUCAGAGCUUCGAGCGACUCUGAACGCCACGAACCCAUCGCCAUCACCAACCCAACUCGACGAACUGUCGAGAUCAAUGCAACAGCUCAAGCAGGCACUGAGUCAGAACGCUGAUAGGAUACCAGUGUUUGAAUUGGGCCGGUGCGAGCGAGUCAGUCAGGCUGUGCCAUUCGCCGAAGAGGGGUGGGAUGCGGUGCCGCAGCUCAUCACUUUUUCGGAUUGUUUUGUAGGAAAUCAAAGCCGUUCAAGAAGCGGUGUCUAGAUCCAAAGGAGAACUAUCGUCGACAAAGUCCAAAUUCAGCUUUCGAAAGACCGAGCCCAAGUCGGCCCCACCAAAACUUCCGCAGCCGAUCUCGGAUCAACCGCCUGCUGCACCACCGGAGGCCGACAGUCAUCGUCGGAAACCUCACAACAUCCCCUCCAUCUCGCUCACUAUGAGCGGCAAGAGCAAUUGCUACCUCUGCUCGCAAGACCUCCCCUCGACCUCAGCAUCGCAAGCCCUGUUGCUCGCUGAUUUGGAAAACUCGUUCGUGGACCUUUCCAACUCCCAACCCACAUCAUGUUCGGCCCUUUACCUUUAUAGCAUUCGAAAGAGUUGUAUUAUUGUCCCACCUAUAUCGGGAUCGAUCAUGGUCCACGACUGUCACGAUUGUGUCUUCUUUUUGGGGUCUCAUCAGGUAAGUCCCACCGCGUCGACCAGUCUCCCAAGGCUCUCGGCAGGGCGACACCUGACACAGAUUUGACUCGGUCCAGUUUCGGAUGCACGACUCGACGGAUACGAGAAUUCUGUUACGGGUGACGAGCAAGCCUGUUAUAGAGCGGUGUAGAGGAUUGGUCUUCGGGCCUUAUCCCUUUGCCGAAUUGAACGCAAGUUUGGGUCCGAGGCGGAUCCCCUGA